AAAUAUUGUCCACUCUUGGCUUUGUUUAAAGAAAAAUAUCUGGACCGUUUCUCUGCAAUUUCCUCGGCGCCCAGCCGCUCAGUUUCUCUGGUUGGAAUAAAGCACUUAGAAGUUUUUACACCAAGGUUUGUCUGACACGGGUCCAAAGUUCAGCAAAUAUGGACGGACUGUGAAAGUGUCAAUGAAAACUUUGCAAAGGCGAGAUCGUAAUAACGGAUAAAACUGAAAGGUUUUAAGACAUAACGAGAGAAAAAACUUAUUAUUGUGACUUGAGUCCCUUGAGGGAGACGCGUAAUCAGGCGUGAACUCCUCCACUUCCCCAUUCUGCCCACUCGGCUCAGUCCUUCCGCAAAGCAGGUGUUUCAAACAGCGCUUUUGUUUCAGAUGCACAGGCUUUUAACUGAUGUGCGUUUGUGCAUUUACACUUGCCCAUUUGAGUGAUAUAAUGUCUAAAAGUCACUAAGUCAGUUAGGCUAAUAGGCUUAGAUUUGCUAGGCUCGAGUUUAGAGGAGACCAUGAAGUUUAACGGGUAUCUUAAGCUGCGCAUCGGCGAAGCGGUGGACCUGAAGCCCACGACCACCUCUAUGCGACACGCAGUGAUGUUCAGCAAGGCCAACCAGACCAUGGACCCGUACAUCGUAGUGAAAGUGGACGAGUAUAAGAUCGGACAGACGCACACCAAGCAGAAAACAAACAUGCCCACGUAUAACGAGGAGUUCUCCGUUAACGUCAACAACGGCAAGCAAGUAGAGCUGGCCGUUUUUCAUGACGCACCGAUUGGGUACGAUGACUUCGUGGCCAACUGCACCAUCCAGUUUGAUGAUCUGAUGAAGAGCACGAACAGAGAGGAGUCAUUUGAAGGAUGGGUUGACCUUGAACCUGAGGGUAAGGUCUACAUCCUGGUUAGUCUCACAGGUACAUUUAUAGACGAUGAUGCUGGCGGAAACACGCGUCCCUAUAAAGAAUUUAACCGAAAACGGCAGCAGGCAGUUAGAAGAAAAAUCCACCAAGUAAAUGGACACAAGUUCAUGUCUACCUUCCUAAAGCAACCAACAUUCUGCUUCCACUGCAAAGAAUUUAUAUGGGGUGUUUUUGGAAAACAGGGCUACCAAUGUCAAGUGUGCACCUGUGUAGUACACAAGCGAUGCCAUCAGUUUGUGGUUACAGUCUGUCCACGCAUGAAGAAACCUGCCAAGGAACAGACUACAAAUCAGGGUUUCAGUAUAAAUGUUCCUCAUAAGUUUAACAUCCACAAUUAUAAGGUCCCUACCUUCUGUGACCACUGUGGCUCUUUGCUGUGGGGCAUUGUACGGCAAGGAUUGCACUGCAAAAUUUGUAAAAUGAACGUCCAUAUCCGCUGUAAGGGAAAUGUUGCCCCAAACUGUGGAGUCAACAAUGUAGAACUGGCCAAUAAACUGGCAGAAAUGGGCCUUCAGCCGGGAGGACUGACCAAACGCAACUCAAUGGGUCUUUCAGGUAUGGAUGCUCAAUCGCGUGCAUUGAGUAUGAGACGAGAUCGAGGAAAAUCUAAAAAAGAGCCAAGUCGAAAGCUGGGAAUCUCAAACUUCACACUCCUGCAGGUUUUGGGAAAAGGCAGCUUCGGCAAGGUGAUGCUGGUCCGGUUGAAUGGUUCAGAUCAGGUGUUUGCAGUGAAGGUGCUGAAGAAAGACAUCAUACUGCAGGAUGAUGAUGUUGAGUGCACUAUGACAGAAAAACGAGUGUUAUCCUUGGCUUCCACUCAUCCGUACCUCACUCAGCUGUACUGUUGCUUCCAGACACCGGAGCGUCUGUUUUUUGUAAUGGAGUUUGUGAAUGGGGGAGAUUUGAUGUUUCACAUUCAGAAAUCCAGGAAGUUUGAGGAGAACAGAGCCAGAUUCUACACAGCGGAGAUCACAUCUGCUCUCAUAUUCCUCCACAGCAAGGGAAUAAUAUACAGGGAUUUGAAGUUGGAUAAUGUUCUGCUGGAUAAGGAUGGUCAUUGUAAACUGGCAGAUUUCGGCAUGUGUAAGGAGGGGAUGUUUGAAGGUGUUGUCACAGGAACCUUCUGUGGAACCCCAGACUACAUUGCUCCAGAGAUCCUUCAGGAGAUGCUGUAUGGCCCGUCAGUUGAUUGGUGGGCUCUCGGUGUGCUGCUGUAUGAGAUGCUUUCUGGCCACGCCCCCUUUGAGGCAGAGAAUGAGGAUGACCUUUUUGAGUCCAUCCUGACUGAAGAGAUCAUCUACGCAUCCUGGCUCAGCACAAAUGCUGUGGACAUACUAAAAGGGUUUCUGACAAAAAAUCCAUCCCGUCGUCUGGGUUGUGUGGCUGCCGAGGGUGGAGAGAGCGUUGUAACCAGUCACCCGUUUUUUACAAGCAUUGACUGGAACAAACUUAACCAGCGAGAGCUUGAACCACCUUUCAAGCCCAGAAUUAAAACUGCAGAAGAUGUGAAUAACUUUGAUCCUGACUUCACCCAAGAGGAUCCUACUUUUACGCCCAUCGAUGAGUCCAUCAUCCCAUCCAUCAAUCAGGACGAGUUCCGUGACUUCUCCUUUACUUCCCCUGAACUGCUGAAAGUGGUUUCAGAUUUGCAAAGCAGUGCUGAAGAAAUGUGUGAUGUCAUGAACGAACAGAACUCAGGAGAAUUCUGUGAUUUGAUAGAACCAAAUAAAUUGUGACAAUAGAAACUUUCAGGAGCAGUUUAAAGAAACAUUUGAAUACCAUUGUAUUAAAAUUGGUUAAAGGCUUUUUGGUCUUUGCCUAAGCUAUAAGAUUCUUUUGGCCUAUGCUUAUGCUUUUGAACAACAGUGAUUUGCAAAGAUCUCCAUGAGACACUCCAUCCUGUAAGACAGCAGUUUACACAAAUUUGAACAACAGGCGAACUUGUCUGUCCUGUUGCUACUGUAGCUGUUUUAACAGUGUUUAUAUCUGGAUGCUUAAGAAACUUGAUUUGAUCCCUCUGCACUUGCUGACCUUGCUCUGAAAAUGCAUUUUUAAUGGAAACUCUAGUUUUAUAAGAUAUGUUCAUGUUUAUUUGUACAUCUGUGCUGUUUGUUGUUUUGUUAUAACAUUUCAGGUCAGAAUUUCACCCAUGAUUAAACUCUGGCAUCUUUAGAGGUGUUUUAUUUUUGA